UUUCGUGCCUAGUCUGACAACUCCUACGACAUGCUCCUGGAGAUUCACCAAUAGGAGAACAGAGUUCUCUGACACAGCGUAACAUACAGACAUAAACACGGUGCUGUUGCUGCAGUUAGGCGCAACAGUGACACCAAAGAACGUUUCGUUGUGCUUUGGCAACAGUAGCCCUGCCUCUUUGACGGCUUCUCAAGGGACAACCACAACAAAGUCACCCACAACGCUUUCGGUAGCCAUGAUUGACAGCUCCUUGCCUCGCCUCCCAGAUGACCUAUGAAUUUGCGCAGUGUCGGGAACGAUGACUGGUCGGGGUCAUGCUUGUAGUGUCGCCACAUCCCGAACAAGACACGUCAAGAAUCUGUGCUACUGUGAUUGAUAAUCUGACAUGGUGAUCAUCGCCAUUUGUGAUAUCUAGAAAAUUCAGAAUCUAUGGACCAGAGCGUGACCCCGCCUUUUGCCCAAUGUCGGCUGAGAUUGGCACAGCACUCUGCGCGACCCUCAUGUGGAGGAUAAAGUGGUAGAAGGCGGAUGAAUGGAUACCAGAAAGCAGAGAACUAGAGCUUUAUGUACUUGUCAUUACGGUAGCCCCUCAGGACUUCCGCGAGAACGACCGCCCAAUCACAGACGAGAUUCACCAGCGUGUCCGAAGUCUGUGACGCCAGCUUCUCAGUACUGUCAUUCCUAAACGGUUGAAUAACUGCCAGAUAUGAAAAGUGAAAGUUAUCUUGGGAAAAAGGGGCAGAAGAACUCACUCAAUGAACUUUUUCGGACAAUUCUACAGCCAUGAAAUCAAAAUGAAUCCAUGCGGAUGACUGCUGCUGAUUUUCAGCUUUUUUUUCUUCCACAAAUGAAACAAGUGUGAAAAAGAUGAAGAGGGAGAGAGUGGCAGGGGAUCAAUAACCCCUCAGACCUCCAGUUAUCAAGAGAAGGGACUGCUGAGUCGAGGAGGAGGAGUGAGGGAGUGGAACGAGGCUGGAUAAUGAGGAAGAGCAGGUCGAAUCUCUGGAGAGAGAGCGAGAGAGGGCUCUGUGCAUGCAGCAUCCCUCAGUCUCUAUCUCUUUAAGAGCUCAGAAGGAGUGUGUUCACUGUACGUGUGUGUGUGUGUGUGUGUACGUGUGGGGGAAGGGUAUUGGCUGGGGUGGAACAGUCCUGUAAUGAGCAGAUUUUAGAGAGAGAGAGAGAGAGGCAGAAAAACAGGAGAGGGCAGAUGACUUGGUGGAAUCCGGAUACAACAACAAUCCACAUUACAGCGAUCGCAGAAAGGGAAGACGGAGAGAGAGAGAGAGAGAAAAAAAGAGGAAUAAUUUAUUUUUCAUCUUGACUCGUCCGCAGGUUGCAGAGAGAUUUAGAGUGAGCGAUUGACAGUGUGUUAUGUCUGCUGAGGUGUGUGUGUUUGUGUGUCUCUGAGCGUUAGCCUGAUUCCAGGCCAUGCUUCUCUGCUCCUCUGAUUUUUGUUAAUGGCGUUGGGGGGUGAAGCAGCAGCAGCAGCAGUGACGGCGGUGUCUGUGUGCCGCUUCCCUCUGUGAGUUGCAGGUGCAGUAGCGAUGUUGGAGAUGCUGUAAUGUCUGACUGAGCUGCUGCUGCUGCUCUGAGGGCCUCUGGGACUGCUGCUGGAAAAGCCUAGGCCUCGCUUGUCUGAGCUCAGCUCCCCGGCUGAGAGUGAGGCAGGAAGGCGGAGGAGGACGAGAGUCGCUCUGCCCAUGGGGAGCAGCAAGCGCGGCUGCUGCCACCGUCACUCCAGAGCCGUCACUGAGGCUGGGAUUGCUUCUCCAUCACGAGGUGAUGCGCUUUGUUUUCACAGCGAGGAGCGAGUGUUUUACACCCUGAGCUAACAGCAGAGGGAGAGUCGAGGCCGCGCUCCUCCUCCAUGCUGCCUGAUUCAGGCGAGGCCUCCUCCCUCCUCCCUCCCUCUGACUGAACCAGGCCCUUGUUUUUUUUCCCUUUUUCUUGACAUUCUAAGGAUUUGCCUAAACCUGUUUCAUGCAUGUCCACUGGAGGCAGGUUUGACUUUGAUGAUGGGGGGUCGUACUGCGGGGGGUGGGAGCAGGGGAAAGCCCACGGCCGGGGCGUCUGCACUGGGCCCCAGGGUCAGGGCGAGUAUGCCGGGGCCUGGAGCCACGGCUUCGAGGUCCUGGGCGUAUACACGUGGCCCAGCGGAAACAGCUACCAGGGCACCUGGGCACAGGGCAAGCGACACGGCAUUGGAGUGGAGAGCAAGGGCCGCUGGGAGUACAGAGGAGAGUGGACGCAGGGGUUCAAAGGCCGCUACGGGCAGCUGGAGAGCACGGCCAGUGGGGCCCGGUACGAGGGGACCUGGAGCAACGGGCUGCAGGACGGAUAUGGCACUGAAACCUAUUCUGAUGGAGGAACCUACCAAGGCCAGUGGCUGGGCGGGAUGCGUCAUGGCUAUGGUGUACGGCAGAGCGUGCCGUACGGCAUGGCGGCCGUCAUCCUCUUCCCCCUGCGAACAUCCAUAAACUCUCUGCGCUCCGAGCACAGCCACGGCCCUCCGGCUGUGCUACAGGACAGUGCUGCCACAACACCGACGGACGGGGUCGUGGCCGGACUGGCCGGGAGCCCGGUGGGCAGGGGCGGGUUCGCUCUGACGGCUCCAAGUGAAGCCGAACGCCAGAGGAAGCGAAAAGGCCGUUUCCGGCAGUCCAUCCUCAGCGGCCUGAAGCUGCGACGCUCCGAGUCUAAAAGCUCCCUGGCGAGUCAGCUCAGCAAGCAGAGCUCCUUCUGCAGUGAGGCCGGCAUGAGCACGGUUAGCUCUGCUGCGUCUGACAUCCACUCCAACGCAAGUGAGAGUGAGCAGGGCGCCCCUGUGGAUGCCACUGUCACUGAAAUGUACGCCGGGGAGUGGCGCAGCGACCAGAGGGCAGGCUGGGGCAUGAGUCGGCGCUCAGACGGCCUUCAUUACGCAGGUGAAUGGGCAGCGAACAAGAGGCAUGGGUACGGCUGCACCACCUUCCCCGACGGCACCAAGGAGGAAGGAAAGUACAAACAGAAUGUGUUGGUGAGCGGGAAACGCAAGAACCUGAUUCCACUGAGGGCCAGUAAGAUCAGAGAGAAGGUGGACCGAGCCGUCGAAGCCGCGGAGAAGGCCACAGACUUCGCCAAACAGAAGGCGGAGAUCGCUAUGUCCAGGAUGAGCCACGCUCGUGGGAAGGCGGAGGCGGCUGAAGGAGUGGCACAGAAGGCCAUGGAGGAGUGUCGACUGGCCCGCAUCGCUGCAAAAGAGCUCUCCCCCUCCUUUCACAUCUACGGCAAUGGUCUUGAAUGUCAGCGGCCCAAGCAGCAGGACGCCAAGGACAAAGACCACGAGGUCAUCUCCACGGAAACGGACAGUCCGGAGCUGUGCACGCCUGACACCACGCCGCCUGUGAUCACGCCUGACCUGAGCCCCGUGCUGAGUGUACUCACGUCGCCCCCCCACAGUCCACCAAAGCACGCCCACCGCCCCAGAAAUGCUUGCUUCAUGCGCCAGAGUGCCGUGGACGAUCAGGGUGGCGCUGAGAUCCAGGUGCUGGUGGAGGGGCGGGGGUUGGAUCUGCCGAAGGGAGGGGCUAACAACUGGAAUGACGAAAAGUACUUGGAGCAAGGGGGCAGCAGCCGCUCCACCACGCCGUCCCUCCUGGAGGAGCAGGAGGGCCAAGUCAACGGGCACGAGCAGGCGCCAGUGUCCAACCACAAACCGCCUGAGAAAUCCUUCUCCAAUCACAAGACCCGGGACCACGCCUCCUCCUACCGAGCGUGGGAGCACUCCUCAUCCAGCCAAAAGCCCUCCAAGCAUGUCUCGUCCAAUCACAAGUCAAGGGAGUACUCGUCCUCCAAUCACAAAACAUGGGAUCAUUCCUCCACCAAUCACAAGCCCUGUGAUCACGCCUCUUCCAACUACAAGCCGCAGGUGCACAUUUUAUCCAAUCACAAGGCCUUGGAACAUAACAUGUCCAAUCACAAGACUUCUGAGCAUGCUUCCUCCAAUCACAAGUCCCAAGAUUAUAUCUACUCCAAUCAUAAUGCAAAGGACCACGUCUCUUCCUCCGCGUAUAACCCUCGAGAGCAUGUCUACUCCAACCACCAUCCAAAGCAGCACAACCCGUCCAACCACAAGCUUUCCAAGCAUGCUGUAAUCGACCAAAGGCUGGACGGCCUCACCGUGGGCUGGACUGCCGACAGCGCCCUCAGGUGGAGCCCCGCCCAUUCGCGCCUCACAGAGCAGGACGAGGAGAGGAUGAACGACUACACGGUGGACAUGCGGCUUCAGUGUGCGGACUCUCAAACGCCCCGAGGGGGGCCGGGCCCAGAGUCCCCGGCCCAGAAAAACAACAGGCUGCGAUCCCGCGGCCUCCGGCCGGUCCGAGAGGGAUCCAUGGACUCUGUACAGAUGCUGGACAACCUGAAUGUGGGGGCGGAGCUGGAGGAGUGGCCGCUGCACAGGGACCUCACCCUCUCCCCGCCCCUAAAGUCCCAACCCAUCACUCUGGAGCAGGAAGGAGAGCAUCUCACCCUCAAAUCAAACUCAGGCUCCAGCUCUAUUCUGGUGGUUAUGGUCAUUUUACUCAAUAUUGGAGUAGCCAUUCUUUUCAUUCACUUCUUUAUUUAAGCUUAUACAGGUAUGAUCUUAACGAAGACUUAUUGAUAACUACGGUAUAUUAUAUUAUUACUUAACUGGGACGGACAUUCUGCCUACUGACCGGAGCCCGCGGCCGGAGUGACGGACACAGCAGAGCCUUUCUACUGUUGCUGCUGCUGUUUCCAGGUUAUUCUGUCAACAAAGCCCAUUUCAGUUUGAGCAGCGUUUCCUUUUUCAUGUGCUUGUUUUCAGCUUGCAACCACAGACAAAAGAAAAAAAAGAGAGAAAAACAACAAAGGCGAUCGGUGAGGAGAGUGCAGCGUUAAACUAAAUGUGGUGAACCAGGACCACAUGCAUGGGUAUCCAGUGGGCUGGAGAUGGCACAGGCACUUGUUUCCUGGUUUGUGUGUGAGAGAGACAUGCUUACCAAAAGCAUGACACACACACACACACACACUCACACACUUGCACUCAAACCUCAACUCCACUCACAUACACACACACACAAAAACCCUCAUUUUGCCUUUUAACCCUUUGCCCUCUCAGUCCAGUCCACCGGUCUCUUACUGACCCUCUUCGCACUAUGCUACAAACAGAACUAUGCUGCAGAGUAGAUCCAUUUAAAAGGGCUCCGUCAUGAUUCUUUUCUUCUGGUUUUUUGUUGUUUUUUUAACCCCCACUAUGAACAUAUACACGCAACCAUUGCAUGAGGCUGUGUGGGGUUUUUCUAUCCCUUUAACAUCACCGCUCUGUCUCCAUCCUGAUCAUCACCACCUCACACGCCCGACCACACAUCGCCAGAAUCUGACCAGAUUCACGUUUGAUCCUCCAAAUCAAACGUCCGCAACUCGCAACUCACACUCGAGGGGGGAAAACGUUUUUCCCCCCGAAUCCAUCGUGAAGUGAGGUUUUCCGCCGACCCACAGAAACACUCCGCACACGAAACAAACCUCCACAUGAAGACCACAUGUAACCGCUGACAUACUGACGAUUCAGCCUUGCCCCCUUUGUACAGCCUGGAGACUGUUAUGUUAUAACCACUAAUUCUACUAUAUAUGUGUAUGUGUCAUUAUUAUUCAAGUUUGUUACUUUUGCAGUUUGCAAGACAGAGAGAAUGCCGAGUGCCUCGUAUUUAGUCCUUUUUUUUUUUUUUUUUAUAACGUUGCAGAUUUAUUUAAGACCCUCGAUGAAAAGCGCCGCGCGAUCAGGCGAAGGCUACUUUCGGAUUACCAGGUGAAUUUGAUAUUUUUCACGUAAAUCCGACCAACAGAUUGGUGUCACUUCAGAAUGGGGUCCUAGAUCAGAUAUUUUUCCAAUGUACACUAUAUGGAUUAAAGUAUUGGGACGCCUGAACUUCAUUCAAAUACGUAUCGAGUCCUUAAAUAUGUCGGGUCCCCCUUUUGCACAGCUUCCACUCUUCUUGGAAGACUUUCCAAGAUAGGUUGAGGUCAAGGCUCUGUGUGGGCCGGUCAAGUUCUUCCACACCAAACUCAAAGUCAAGCCACGUCUUUACAGUCCUUGCUUUGUGCACUGGGGCACAGUCAUGUUGUAAUAGUAAAGGACCUUCCCCCAAACUGUUAGCAUAGCAUUGUCCAAAAUGUCUUGGUGUGCUGAAGCGUUUAAAGGCCGAAGAAGUAGUCGCCAAGGAUAGUCACCCAAGCCUCGGGCUGGUGACCCUCAAACCCACUGACACCCCGACUCCCCUGCCCUAGGACCUUUCAGCCGAUGAGCCGCUCGAAACCAGACGUGUCCGAGGGAGCUGUAGCAUCGUUCUCUUCUUCGUUGGUAGGAAUGCGUCCUAUUCCCUCUUGCGUCCAGACUUGUACCGCCACCCAAUGGUGAAGUGGGAUAUACUUCAGGACCCUGACGCGCGAGUACAC